GAGAGUAGGUUUAUUUUAAUGCUACAUUCCAUGAUUCUUUUAAUAAAUUACCCAACCUGUGUUACUAACAGAUCUUCAUCACUAUUAGAUGAUAUAUUUAUAUGAUUUUUGACAUAUUUAUUUUUGAAUAUUAUUAACUGACAUUUCUGACCACUUCCCAGUAUAUUGUAUUUGUGAUAUGGCUAUUUACAAAUGUACCUGUGAAACUGACUUUUUUAAACAUGAUUUAAAUAAAAAUAAUAUUAUAAUAUUUUUGCAUUUGCUGUAUUCAAGGUACAUGUAAAUGGUAUUUAUCUAGUGAUGUGAAUAAUAUUUAUGAUAGCUUUGUUUUUAAAUUCACAAAACUAUAACUCGUGUUUCCCUGUAAAAUUAAUGUGUAUGAAAUAUAAGCGUAAAAAUAAACCUUGGAUUACAAAUGAAAUUAUAAAGUUGAGUAAGAAAAUAUGUGACUAUAUAAGUUGUAUAUUAAAAAUCCUAAUGAUUAUAGAAAAGAAAUAUAUAUAGGAAAAUUUGUAAUAAAUCAAAUAAUAAGAUUAAGAUUGAGAUAAAGAAAUAUUUAAAGAAAAGUCUUGAAGAAAACAUGGAAUAUUAUUAAUAAAGCAAUGGGAAAAAAUGUAAGAUAACUAACAUUCAAGAGAUUAAAAAAGUGAUAAUUGAUAAGAAUGACUUAGAAAAUUAUGAAAUGUUUACGUGACAUGAUUGUAGACGGGAAUGUAUGAUACAGUAUUUAAAAUUAUGUACAUUUUGUCUGUAAUUCAAAUGAAACUUUGUACAACUGAUCAUUCCAAGAUUUACAUGUCAUAUUCUAAUUUUAUGUUUCUUUUCGUUUCCUAGGCGGAGACUUUUACAUUCCUUUCAUUCUCAUUGAGCUUGUUGGCGGACUGAACAAUUCCAUUUCAUCUUCACCCAUAUUCCCUUCCCAACUGUCUUCAGACGUAUAUUCAUCAUUCACUUUUCUUUAUCUCAGAAAGAUCCUGCUCUCCGAAGAGAGUGUACCACAGCUGUCUCUUGUAGACCGUAUUGGCUGUGUCUUUUAUCCAUUUCAUCCCAUUUCAUCUUCACACUUGCAAAAACAAAUGAAAAAUUUACAAAAGCAAUUAUGAGAACAUUAUUAUAUAUUCAUGCAGAAGCAUUCUAUACCUAAUCACAGAAGUCUUAAAUGUUUGCUACAGAAGAAGUCCUACUUUUUACUUGUGAUACUUUAUAUUACUGAAUUUUCUAAAUUUCACAAAUCUUCUCUUAUUCUACAAACUUUCUAAAUCUAUUCUUAAUCACAAAAGUUAUUCCUACAAGAUCUCUAAAUCUAUUUUAUACUAAGCUGUCUGAACUUUUCUAACCUAUUUCAUAUUACUGAAUUUUAUAUUUCUUAAUUAUGGAACUUGAAAUUGAUCAAUUCAAGGAAGUGAUGAAAGAGAUUGUAGAUAUGCUAUAUACAUGCGAUCCGCAUAAUGAAGAAUGUUGUGUCUGUAAAAAUACAAUCGAAGAAAGUGAAAACAAAGCUACUUGUGAGAGCUGCAAUGAACAUUAUCAUGUAACAUGUAUGGGCUUUUUGUGUCAAGAUCUAGUAAAUGAGCAAAGAUUAAUCUGGAUAUGUUCAUAUUGUGGAAAUAACAACAUUGCACAUCGACUAUUUGAUAAAGUAUGUAUCCCCUCUCAUAUCAAUAGAUACCAGCCUCUCGAGACAGUGGAUGAAGUAUUCAAUGAUGAUGUGCUCCUCUUACCCAAGCAAAAUGACAAACAAAAGAAAUGCAGAUCAAAGAAAAGGUAUUUUAAGAAAUGCAAGAAAAUCAUUAUAGAGCCAGGAAAUCAAAGUGUAAAAGUAAUGAAAUCAAGUGAGUUUGACACGCAUGAACAUGAUCAUCUAGUCACUCAAAGAGAUUCCCCCAAACAACGUGAUCAAGUGCAUAGUGAAGAAGUAGGCAGUAAUGAAUGGAUGAAAGUGAAAUCAAAAAAGGCAAAGAUGUUGGAAAAGAUGCAAGACAGAAUAUCACAUUCAACAGCAAAAAGUGACAGUGGAACAGGUCAGAAAAAGAGAAUCAUAAAUGGUGUUGUUUUAGAACCUGGAGUAACGUACAUUGGCAAAGCAAUGAAAUCUUUCUACGAAAGACGAAAAAGUAAAAAAUCAAAACGCAAAGUAGACAUCAAACUAAACAGAGAUGUAGAAUGUCAGAAUGUAUUGGAAAAUAAUGUUCAAAUGUACGCAGAAAAAUUGCUAAAUGAAUACUCAAAGUGUGUGCAAUCACCAAAAUCUAUGAUGUCCCAUGAAACGAAACUCUACAAAGAAAAUAACAUGAAGCAAAAACAAUCUUGGGCUGAUGUAGUAGGCCAUGUACAAAAUGAAAUAAUACAGGAACAUUCUAUUGUUGGCAGUGCGACAUGCAGUCAUGUUUUUUUAAAACAAUAUAAGGGCAAAGAACAGAGCACAUUUCGAGUAUGUGGUGGUGCAAAACCAAAUGAUAAAGGAAAAGUAUGUGACGGAAAGACUGAAAACGCGGGUGAAGUAAAGGUGGAUAAAGAUUGUAAGCAACAUGUGGACAAGUCUAUUCCUAUGAAAAUGUUUGAAAUGAAACAUGAUAGUAAAUUUCAUAAACAGUCAGUCAACACCUCUAAUGUAAAUUUAGAAGAGAAGCAAAUACCAAAUGAGAACAUGUCAAAUAUGGAACAAAAUACACUUGUGCAAUGUGUUGCCCUGGGCAAUUUUCAUCAAGGAAAUGCUAGAUUUGGAUUUUAUUCUGGAAAGCAAUGUGUUUCUAACAGUUUUGCUGCUAUUUUAUACAGUAAAAUUACAGAUGUUUCCCAAUGGCAAAAACAAGAUCUUGACAAGGUAUUGAAUUAUGGUAAUGAGUUGUAUAGAUUUAUUCAGCUUAGUUCUGCAAUAAAUGAAGAUUUCUUAUUGAUAUCUGAGUUACCUGAUCAAUUAGAAGCUUUUGAUGUCCAUUUUAAGAUGCAAUGUUCUCAGAGUGUUGUGGGUAUAAUUUGUGGAGAUGAAUCUUUUUUAAGUCAUUUUAAUGCAGUAACAUUAAAAGAUGCUCUCCAUCAGGAAUUAGAUAGACAUGAUGCAUGCUUUUGUACAUUUGGUGGCCAAACAUUUGCAAUCAUAUCCACACAAGAACAAUAUUUUAUUUUUGAUUCACAUUCAAGAGAUAGGCAUGGACUUAUGACAGAUGGUGGGACCAGUGUCAUUCUAUGUUCAUCAAACUGGGAAGGUGUGUACGAUCAUAUUUUGAAAUUAGCUGAAUCUAUGGGUAUCAAUAGAAACCAGACUGAAUUUGAACUUACAGGUAUAAUUGUGAAUCUUAUCAAUUCAAGCGAGAUUACUGUGACGGAACAUGGUGAUAAUGGUCAUGUUGCAAAAGAUGAACAGGACUGUAUAAAUGUAGUUGAAGGUAAUGAUGGAUUUUUCUUGCCAACAGAUAGAACUGACAAAAGUAGUAGAUGUGUUCCCACAAAUGUGCCUGAUUCUAUUGAAAUCAAUGAAGAUGACUGCAAUAUUAUUGAUACUGAAAAUGAUCGGAAUGAUUGCAGAUAUUUCGCAAGCAGUUUUUCGACAGAUAUGUCUGAUUGUAUUGAAAUAGAUGAUGAUGAGGAUGACUGCAUAAUAAUUGAUGCAGAGCAUGAUACAAAUUAUUGCAAAGAUUUGUUUAGUGGUGCUCCCUCAGAUAGGCCUGAUUCUAUCAAUAUAGAUGAUGUUGAUGAUGAUGACUGCAUGGUAAUUGAUACAGAAUACAUUACAAAUAACUACAAAUAUUUUCCAGUCCAUUCAAGUGAAAAGAAAAAAAUGUGUGCUAGAUUUAAUAUUACAGAUACAUGUAUCAGUUCGAAAUCAGAUAUCGACACGUGCAUUAAUAUUGGUACUCCUGCUAUUAUUUCAAAUAUUACCGGCGAUGGAAAUUGUUUUUACCGGGCAAUCUCUCUUUUUCUGACAGGGAAGGAAGGCAAUCAUAAAUUUCUGAGGCAAAAGUGUAUCCAACAUUUGCUGGAAAACUCGCACUUAUUUGCUGGUUGUUUAAGAUAUGAAUUUGUAUCAGUUAAAGACUAUGUUAGUAAAAAUAAGCCAGACAUCAAUGGUGAAUGGGCCACAGAGGUAGAAAUUGCUGUCAUGGCCCAUCUGCUUGAAACAGACAUAUUAAUAUUUAGUGAUAUUUAUUUAAAGUGGAGACUAUAUUCAUGGAAUAACCCUGGACGCAUUGUACAUGAUUCAAAUAUGGGCAUUUAUCUAUUACAUGUUAAAGGGGUACAUUUUGAUUAUGUUGAAUCUGUUAAUUGUAUUGAUUUGGUUACUGACGAAGGAAAAAAAACAAAGGAAGUUACAUGUAAUAAAAAGAGAUCUAUUAAUAGUGAAAUGCUUAAAGACAAAAGUAAACUAUCCAAACAAUAUGCAUCUUGUGCAACGAAAGAUGAAAUUGAAGAAACGUUUAUGCCAAGUCUAAGCGGAAAAAGUGAAGACAUUUUUAUGUCCAAAAGAAAGAGAAAAGGUGACACAAUUCAUGAAAGUGUAAAGUGUGCUAAGUCGAAAAAGAUGUCUUUUCCAAAAAUGCAUAGAUAUUGCAAAACAAAAGAACCAAAACUGGAAAACGGUGAGAGGGAUAAAAAAUCAGCUUCUAAAAUUACAAGUUAUCCAUCAGACAAUUGUAAUACUAUGAAUAGAGGUGUUUCUGAUGUUUUAAAUAAAGGAAACGUGUUCAUUGGAAAUGACCCUUUAAAAAUACGGAAUGAAAAAAUUGUACUGAAAAAAGUGUCAAUUAGACUUGUACGUUUAUCUGAAUCUGAAAUAAAGAAUCUUUCAUUUGAUCUAUUGAAAGGUAUAAAGAAAACACAAUCUAGUGCUAACUUUAAAGGUACAAAUAUUCCAGGAAAAGGGUCUACAAUUGAAUUUCCUAAAAAACAAAUUAAAAAAGAAAACAAGAAAAGCAAAUGUAAGCAGUCCUUAAAAAAACGACAACAAUUAGCUAAAGAAAGGAUGAAAGCAAAACGAAAACAAAUUAAUGAUCAAGAUGCAUACGAAAAUGUACAAAACAAUGAGAAUUAUGCAAAUGAUAUGGAUGGUUGCAAAUUCAAAGGAGAUUUCAGUGAUGUAAAAAAGACAAAAAUGAAACAAAAGUAUCACUCUAACAAAAGUUUCAGAGAUGAAAAGAAGAAAAAGAUUAAAGAGAAGUAUCAGUCUGACGAAUCUUUCAGAGAUGAACACAAGCAAAAAAUAAAGCAGAAGUAUGAGUCUAAUAUAUUGUUUAGAGAUGAACACAAAAAGAAAAUAAAAUUGAAAUAUGAGUCUAAUGAAUCCUUUAGAGAUGAACAUAAGAAAAAAAUGAAACAAAAAAUAAAACAUGACUAUGAGUCUAAUAAAUCCUUUAGAGAUGAACACAAGCAAAAAAUAAAGCAUAAGUAUGAGUCUAAUAUAUUGUUUAGAGAUGAACACAAGAAGAAAAUAAAAUUGAAAUAUGAGUCUAAUGAAUCCUUUAGAGAUGAACAUAAGAAAAAAAUAAAGCAUAAGUAUGAGUCUAAUAUGUUGUUUAGAGAUGAACAUAAGAAAAAAAUGAAACAAAAAAUAAAACAUAACUAUCAGUCUAAUAAAUCCUUUAGAGAUGAACACAAGAAAAAAAUGAAACAAAAAAUAAAACAUAACUAUCAGUCUAAUAUGUUGUUUAGAGAUGAACACAAGAAGAAAAAAAGAAAAAAGUAUCACUCUAACCAGCAUUAUAGGCAGAGACUCGCAGAAAAAAAUAAAGAACGUGCUGGACUUAAGAAAAUGAGUUUCAAAAAAUUAGAAAAUGUACUAGGAAAUUUCAGAAAUGUUAUUUCUCAUGGACCAGAAUAUGUCUGUUGUGUAUGUCUAAAAUUGCUUUUUCAAAGUCAAGUCUUAAAAUGCAUUAAGCCAAAUUACCAAAACAAAACGUGUAUGAAUGAGUCCUAUUUACAUAUUUGCAAUUCACACUGUAAUGAAAACUGUCAAUUGGCGCACUCAUCUCGUGGACAUUUAUGGAUAUGCUUUACAUGCCACAGAAAAUUGUUGGUGAAUAAAUUACCAGCUGAGGCUAGUGUUAACAGUUUGCAAUUGCAUGAGAUUCCAGAAGAAUUGAAGGACUUGAAUAAUUUAGAACAACAUUUAAUUGCACGUAACAUAAGUUUUUUCAAAUUAAUCCGUUUACCUAAGGGAGGUCAAAAUGCAGUUCAUGGACCAGUUGUUUGUGUGCCUUCGAAUACAAUGAAAACUGUAAAUAUGCUACCUCCACCAGAAAGAGAAGAUCAAUUGAUCCGUGUGAAAUUGAAAAGGAAAAUAUCUUAUAAGGGCCAUCAUGAGUAUAAAUUUGUUAAUAAAAAUAAGGUGCUAAAUGGGUUGCACUAUUUGAAAAAAAACAAUAAGUGGUAUUCUGAUAUAAGUAUCAAUGAAAACUGGAAUAAUUCGUUGUCAGGAGAAAUGUGUAGUGCAGAAACAAACGACAAUGACGAUUCAAUUCAAAACUUUGAAGAACAGGAAAAUGAUGACCAAGAAGCAAGGUUAAAUGGAAUUCAACUUGAUACCUGCUUGCAACCAGUUGAUAUUGGACAAGAAAUCCUUGAUCAACAUUUUGAUGAUAUUUUCUGUUGUGCUCCAUGUGAAGGCAACAAUCCCAUAGCACUUCUUAGAGAUGAAAGCAAUGAACCUAAAUCUUUUCCUGUAUUAUUUCCAAAAGGUCAACCAACUUAUCAUGAUUUCAGAAGUGUACGGGUGACCCUUGGAAGAUAUCUUCAAAAUAGGCUAAUGCACGUAGAUAAUCGCUUUGCUAAAAGUACAGAUUUUAUUUUUUAUGCUCAGUGCAUUUAUGAAAUUCAACAAGUUUUGUCCGGUGUUUCAAUUGCAUUGAGAAAAACAUCAAGUAAAAGUGAUACUGAUGCACCAAUCACUAUCAAAGAUUUAAAACAAAUUGACAAAGUUCAGGACAUAUUAAAAUCAGAUAGAGGGUUUCGCUUUCUGAAACAGAUAAGAGGUUCUCCUCCAUAUUGGUCUGCCACACAAAAAGAUUUAUUAGCCAUGGUGAGACAGCUUGGUAUACCUACAUGGUUUGCAAGUUUCUCUGCAGCAGACAUGAGAUGGCCUGAAGUAUUAAAUACUUUAUUAAUGGAAAGAGGUGAUAAACGAAAAAUCAAUGACCUAGAUUGGACAGAUAAAUGUGAACUUUUAAAGUCAAAUCCAGUGACUGUUGCAAGGAUGUUUGACAAAAGAUUUCACACUUUUUUGAAAAAUGUUAUUUUGUCUGAAGCACAUCCCAUUGGUCAUGUAAUAGAUUAUUUUUAUCGUGUUGAAUUCCAACAGCGAGGAUCUCCACACACACAUUGUUUAUUCUGGGUAAAGGAUGCACCAGAGCAUGGAUAUAGUUCAGAUGAGGAAGUAGUUUCCUUCAUUGAUAAAUACAUUUCUUGCAAGAUACCAUCCGAACAAGAAGAUCCAGAACUCCAUGAAAUAAUCACUCAUGUGCAGCAGCAUAGCAAAAAGCAUUCAAAAUCUUGUAAAAAGAAGGGAAAAACAUGUCGGUUCAAUUUUCCAAGACCACCAUCUGAUAGAACAUGUGUACUUUAUCCCAAAGAGGGUAAUCCCGAUGAAAUUGAUAGUGCAAAACAAUUAUUAGAAUCUAUCAAAAACGCUGUAAAUCAGGAAAAUAAUUACACUAAUGUCUCAGACCUUUUUAAAGAUUGUAACACAACACAGACUGAAUUUGAAACUGCAACUAGGUUAUUAGCUAAACAAGAAAUUUUGAUCAAGAAAAGAGACCCCAAAGAUGUAUGGAUAAAUCAGUACAAUCCUUUUCUACUGAGAGCAUGGAAUGCAAAUAUGGACUUACAAUUUGUUAUGGAUGUUUAUGCAUGUGUUAGAUAUAUUGUAUCAUACAUUUCAAAAUCAGAGAGAGAAAUGGGAAUGCUCUUAAGCCAUGCUCAAUCUGAAAUAAAUGAGGGAAAUCAUGAUGCAAGAAAAAGUAUCAGACAGCUCGGAAAUGUCUACAUGCAAAAUCGAGAAGUAUCUGCACAGGAGAGUGUGUAUCGUGUAUGUUCCCUUCGAUUAAAAGAGUGUUCACGAAAAGUCGAAUUUAUUCCGGUUGGUCCAAAUCCUGUUAGAAUGAGUUUACCUUUACAUGUUAUUCAAAGGAGACCUGACGAUGAUGAUGAUGAUAGGAGUCCAUGGAUGGCAAAUAAACUUGAUCGAUAUAAAGCUAGACCUAAUGGAAGUGAAUUUGACACUAUGUGUCUUGCAAAAUUCUGCGCAUGCUACAGAAUACUAACUGCAUCGCAAGUGAAAGGCACUAAAACAUCACCAUAUUUAUUUGAAUUGAAAAAUAAUUCGGGAUACAUUCAGAAACGAACAAGGUCUAGUGUUGCUGUCGUAAGAUAUCCACGAUUUUCUAAAAUACUUUCUCCAGAAAAAUAUUACCUCAGUAUAUUACAACUUUUCCUGCCAUUUAGUAAUGAUGAGCAGUUAAAACCACCACAGUUUGAGACAUAUCAGGAAUUUUAUAAAACAGGUAAUGUCAAACUACAGGGAGGCAAUUUGGAAAGUGUAAAAUCAAUAGUAGACAAACAUUGUAAAGAGUACGAAAGAAAUUCAAGAGCCAUUGAACAAGCUGAACUUUUCAUGGACAAAUUUGGUUCUCCAGAAGAUGCGUGGGCUCUUUUAUGUCCUGAAAGUGAAAAAGAAAGACUAGAAAAUCCUAAGAACAAAGUUGAAAUGGAUGAACCAGAAUGUGAAUUGGACAUUCCAGAUUUCAAACAUGAAAAAAAGAAUGAAACUUCUAGUGUGGAAUUUCGAAGCCAUGGAAUUUCAAAACAUGAAUCGAAUAGUUUGAUUCGAUGUUUAAACAAUGAGCAAAAAGAAAUCUUUUACAAAAUUAGACAAUGGUGCUUAGAGAAAGUGAAUGGUACAGAAAGUCAACCUUUUCAUGUACUUAUUAGUGGUGGUGCAGGAACAGGAAAAUCUUAUUUAAUAAAAUGUAUAUACCACGAAGCUGUACGCAUACUUGGUAAAAUGAUGGUUAAUCCUGAUGACAUUUCAAUCUUGAAAGUUGCACCAACUGGCAUAGCUGCAUUCAAUAUAGAUGGAUCUACAAUUCACAGUGCGCUCUCAGUUCCAAUCAACGCCAAAUUUCCUUAUCGACCACUUGGUGAAGAAAGAAUUAACACCCUUCGUAAUAAGCUUGGACAGUUGCAAAUUUUGAUCAUAGAUGAAAUUUCCAUGGUAGAUUCCAAAUUGUUGUACUACAUACACGGUCGAUUAAGACAAAUUAAGCAAUCACGCACUGAUUGUCCAUUCGGUAACGUUUCGGUAUUGGCAGUUGGAGAUUUUUAUCAAUUACCACCUGUGAAAGGAACACCCUUGUAUAAGGAAUCGGUAGAACAAUUGCUGUGGUCUGAAAAUUUCAAAAAGGUAGAACUGGUUGAAAUAAUGCGACAAAAGGAAGAUUUGGCAUUUGCUCUACUCUUGAAUAGAUUGAGAGUUAAGGAAAAGAAAGACAAUUUAUCAGAUGCAGAUUUAUCCAUCCUUACCUCUUGUGAAACCGGUGAAGAAUGUGAAGAAGAUAUGCACAUCUAUUCAACUAAUAAACAAGUAAAUGAAUGGAAUAGCAGAAUGUUGCACAGCAAAUGUGAAGAUAUUAUAUGUGUUAAAGCUGAAGACAGAAAUAACAGCAAGGAUAAUGACGAAAUAUGUACCGAACCAUGUAAAUCUAGUCAAAGUUCUUUGCCUCGCAAUCUGUCAAUUGCUUUGAAUGCCAGGGUGAUGCUUUUAAAAAAUAUUGAUACCAAUAUAGGUUUGACAAAUGGAUGUAUAGGUACAGUUGCAGAAAUAGUAAAACGAAACAACGAAUCCAAGCCAUACUGCAUCAGUGUAAAAUUUGAUAGCCAGAAAAUUGGCAUUCAAUCGAUCAAAAUGUAUGAAGAAUCAAUGGGUAAAAAUUACACAAGAAAGCAAUUUCCCCUCAAACUGGCUUAUGCUUGCACGGUUCACAAAGUACAAGGCAUGACUUUAAAUAAAGUAGUAGUAUCACUGAAAAAAAUAUUUGCAUCUGGACAUAGCUAUGUAGGCCUGAGUCGUGUAACUUCUUUAUCUGGACUUACCAUUGAAGAUUUUCAUCCAAAAGUUAUAUACUGUGAUCCAAAGAUUAAAAAACACCUUAAUGAUAUGACCAAUUUCUUGGAAACUUCUAUAGCAGAGGAAACAUAUGAUGAUGGUUUAUGCAUAAUGUUGCACAAUAUUCAAGGAUUAAAACAACAUUAUGUAGACUUACAAUGCAAUCCAACAUUCCUGAAUUCUGAUAUUAUUUGUUUGACUGAAACAUGGCUAUCGGAUAAGGAUGAUGCUUUUGAAAUAUUCUUAGCUCAUUUCAAAUUGUAUCAUCAAUCAAGAUAUAACUCUUAUUCUAUCACAAGUGACUCAAGGCAACAGUUCAAGGACCAGUCACAUGGAGGUGUUGCAGUUUAUAGCAAGAAUGAAUUUUCAAGCAGACUUGAUAUAAAGAUUGAUAAUCUAGAGUUUAUUGCUUUUCUUGUAACCUGUCCUGUUUCUGUUGUCAUUGCAGUUGUUUAUCGCCCUCCGACAUACAGAAUAAAAGACUUCUGCUGCGUCCUGUGCCAGCAGUGCCACGGCCUCCUGGGACGUCCCUACAGCUACGGACGCCUCAGAACCCAUCACAGCAGUCAGUAACUUCUCGCCUGGUGAUUCCUUUGAUUGGUCAUCGACAGAGAGAACCCCAUCCUGACCAGCUGUUUAACCGACAUCGUCGCCAAUGCCAGCCCUGGUACCUCGACCCCGGUGGU